UAGUGUGUGAAUGCUAUUGAGGGGCGGGUCUUGGCGUGGCCAUAGUGGGAUAAUAAAUGUGCUUCCGAGCUCCAGCCGGAUUUUGCUCUGAUUGGUAAGAAUACUUCGUCACAUCAGGCAAUAACCACCGGCAGAAUGCUCGGCCGGGAUGCGUCAAAGUGACUGUUGGUAUUACCUCCAGCUCAACAGGACUUAACUUCUCCCACUAUUUUCAAGAUGUCAUGGAAGAUUUCAGAGAAAAGGUGGAAAACAGCCCUGAGCUCCAUCCUGGAGGAGCUGGAUGAGAGACAAUUGAGGAAGCUGCUGUUCUAUCUGGACAAAAUCCCUCAAGGAGUGAAGAAGGGCAAGGCCAGAGAAGAAAUCCCUAGUGUAAUCAUUGAGCAUUAUGGGACAGAAGGGUCCAUCUCUAGAAUUAAUACAAUAAUGAAGACCAUACCAAGGAAGGACGCUGCAGUCCAGAAGCGAUUGCGCCCCUUUGUGGAGAAACUGAAAAAGAAACGGCAGGAAGAAAAAGGGCCAAGUGGAGCAAUUCAACAGAAGAAUGUCCCAACAAAGGACAGUGACCCAUCAGAGGACAGCAUCUCAUCAGAAGACUGCAAGCAAUCAAAGAAAAAUCUGCCCAAAGAUCAGGCAGAGUAUGUGAAAAGAGUGUCUAAUGCUGAUCCAAACCAGCUCCUGGAUAAACUCCUUGAGCAAGGUUUUAUAAAUGAUGAGGAAAGGCAGUCAGUCAGAACAAAAACCAGAGACUAUAAUGCACAAGCUGUGAUCCACAUGGUGCAAAGAAAGGGACCUGAAGCCUGCUCACAUCUAGACAGUCUUCUCUGUGAGGUGGAUCACAAAGUUUCCGGAAAGCUGAAAUUAAUCCGAAGCUAAAGCAAACAACUAAGGAGUGUGAUGAUGAAUCUCUAAUGUUAACUAUCAGCUUCAAUUGGUAAUGUCAAAAACAACAAAGCCAGAAAUCUUGGUGUAGUUAUGAACUCAGACCUGAAUUUCAACAGCCACAUAAAGACAAUUACAAAGUCAGCCUACUAUCACCUUAAGGAUGUAUCAAUGGUUAGAGGACUUAUGUCUCAGG